AUGGCGAGUCUGUAUGUGAAAGCUGUGCCACCUGCGGAUCUGAAUAGGAACACAGAGUGGUUCAUGUACCCUGGUGUUUGGACCACCUAUAUUUCUCAUCCUCUUCUUCUCUUGGCUCCUUGUGCUCUCAAUCUUUGGCUGCUCUCAUGGCAUGGCUUGGACCAUAGUUAA